UUGAAAAAUCGUCAAAGAAGAUGAGUAUUGCUUUCCUUUUGCUGUGUAUAGGAAGUGUAUUGGUGUCAGGGUUCCCAUCAACCAAGAAGGGUGUCUGCGUGUCCCCGAAAGGCUAUCAGUGUACAGACUUAGAGCAAUUUAGUGACUUAGUUUGGUGGUAUGACUGGUCUUUAAAGCCUGCUUAUAAGAAACGUGGUGAUUGCACAAACGUACCAAUACAGGAGAGGGUCGCCAUGAAGAAGGCGAUGGCGUGGCCGAAUCUCAAUAUUCCCAAUGGUACAAAAUAUCUAUUGGGCUUCAAUGAACCGAACGUUAUAGAUCAGGCAAACAUGACACCCCAGGAGGCCGCCAACUAUUGGCCACAAAUUGAGGCUGCUGCCACAUCAGCGAAUGUAGACGGACUUGUAAGUCCAUCAGCGACCUAUUGUGGAGGCGGUUCCGCUAAAUGUAUCACGCAAUCUGCAUUUGAAUGGUUUGACGAAUUUUUCGCAAUUUGCUCCAAUUGUCGCGUUGAUUACGUAGCAACCCAUCAUUAUACAUGUGAUCCAGUUAAAACCAUGGAUUACUUGGCUGCCGUCUACGCCGCAUAUGGUAAACAGAUUUGGUUAACGGAGUUUGCCUGUCCAAGCAAUGAUUUCACUACUGUGUCCAAUUACAUGUCGGCUGUACUGCCGCUAUUAGAAGAGGCUCCGUAUGUGUUUAGAUAUUCUUGGUACACUACACGUAUAAGCAACUCCAAUGCCUAUAUACCGCCGAUGAAUGCAUUACUUGAGAGUGGAGGAACUGGUUUAACUGCUCUGGGUCAAAUCUAUGAUAGUUUCCAGCCAGCAUAACACUGUUGCUCAACAGGCCAACACUGUUACUCAAUUAAUUCUACAUAAUUUGUAUAAUGUGAACUCGGGCUCUUGAGUGCAUUGAUGAGUAAAAUACUUUAAAAUCACAUAUUUGUGUUAUAUCUAUUCUUUUCAUCUAGAGUACGUGCAAAUCUAUUUACAGAAUUUCUAUACGUACAAUACAUAAAUUUAAAACAGCUCAGUACUGUAAAUGAGGCGAAA